UAGUGAUCAGUAAGGGGGAUGUGCUUCUGAUGUAACCCGGCGACGUUUCCGGUGUUUCCUCUGCUGCCGCCGGUGUGAGAGCGAUGAUGAAGGCGGCGCAGGACGGAACCGGCUCUUUUCUGCUGUUUAUCGCGCCCUUGUUGUUCCCGCAAGGCUUUGCUUCCGAGCUGUCCGUGGUGACUUGCGGGUCGGUGUUGAAGCUGCUGAACACGAAGCACAAUGUCCGCCUCCACUCUCACGACGUCAGAUAUGGCUCAGGCAGUGGGCAGCAGUCUGUGACUGGAGUUACCGCUGCAGAUGAUGGCAACAGUUACUGGCGGAUCCGUGGAAGGACCUCCACAGUGUGUGAAAGAGGAACGUUAAUAAAAUGUGGGCAAUCUAUCCGUCUUACACAUGUCAAUACUGGGCGCAACCUACACAGUCACCACUUCACAUCUCCAUUAUCAGGAAACCAGGAAGUCAGUGCCUUUGGAGAAGAUGGGGAGGGGGAUUCCUUUGAUGACUGGACUGUACUUUGCAAUGGGGAAUUCUGGCAGCGGGAAGAAGAGGUGCGAUUCAAGCAUGUGCCAACCAAUGUACUGCUAUCAGUCACAGGAGAACAAUAUGGGCGUCCUAUAAAUGGGCAGAGAGAAGUGCAUGGCAUGACCUACGCAAGCCCGCAUAACUACUGGAAAGUAAUGGAAGGCAUCUUCAUGAAACCUAGCGAUCCUCCAAGGACUGGUCACGGUCACUCUGAAUUAUGAUGGCUUGAACAGUCUUCCAGUUUUCUUUUCCUACCUGCACAGUAUUGUACUCACAGAGGAGUUCUCCGAGGUCCUGCAAAGUUCACGUCAGAGGUUUUAGCAGUGACUUCUGGGGCACAGUUUCUAUGAUGCCCUUUUGUCUGUAGUAUUAUUAUUAUUAUUUUAUUCAUGUUUUAUUGUUAUGGCAGCCGGAUUGUUACCUAAGUAUGUCCCUGCAGCAGCAGAAAAAGAAAAAUCAUCUCCAUAAUACCGUCUCUGCGGAAUGCAGUUUUAAAUAUAAAAUGUCAAAUUGUU